ACUCUCUUGUCCUUUUAUCUCCAAGUAGUCCCUAGUUGCAUGCGAAGUUAUCGAGUUGUUAUUCUCGCUACAGUUGCGUACACAGCUAUUGGAUAUAUCGUGUCAAUUUCGGUGGCUCUCUUCCUUUGCUUUCCUAUUUGGAAAAAUUGGUAUUGGGGUGGGCGUUCCAUUUCUCUUCCGAUGUCAUCAGUAUGUUUCCCUAUGGAACUAUCAUCGGUCCAGUCUAAUCGAAACUGUUCAGUUUUUCUGUUGCCUUUCCCUAUCCUCCAUAAACUUCAAGUACGAAGGGCAGUGCGCAUUGGGGCCUAUUGCACGUUUGGGCUAGGCGUAAUCAAUAUUGCUGUCUGUCUAGCAAGGUUCUUGGUUAUACAUCUAGCUUUCACUAACAGGCCACCGUCGAUUACAGUCACCAGUCUCUGGGGCAACCUGGAUUCGAGUAUUGCCGUGUUAAUCGCCUGCUUACCGUCGCUUCGUCCGUAUCUUCGCAUAAUCAGCCAGGCUCUGACCUCACGAUCGCGAUCUAGCCGCUCUUCAGAGCCCAGGACCAAGCUACGUGUACUUUCAAAGACUGGCUCGAAGAACUUUGAGAGGAUUCAGGACAAUCCUAGCCUAAAGACCGAUACCGAAACUGAAGUAUAA